CAUCAUACCUUUGCGUCAUCAAGCACAAAUCCUUCUUAUAACAGUAUUAUUUGCAACAUAUAGUUUACAAUUCUUUGCUUCCAUUUUUAAGAGCAAACAACAGUGUUGUGAAGAUUGGAAGAUGAGUUCAACAAGAAAAGUUAUUGUGGCAGUCAGUGUUGGAGUUGUGGAAGCCAUGAAAGACCAGGGGAUCUGCAGGUGGAAUUUUAUCAUGAGAUCGGUGCAACAACAUGCCAAGAAUCAUCUCAGGUCGAUUUCCCAGACCAGGAACCUUUCUUCUUCAACUUCUGCUGUGGUUUCAAGCAAAUUGAGAGAUGAUAAAAUGAAGCAAUCAGAGGAGUCUCUGAGGAAAGUCAUGUACUUGAGCUGUUGGGGUCCCAAUUGAGGUCAUAAUCGGCUAAAGAAGGUGACCUUUGGAGUGAGCCAACGAGUUUUGAUGGAAUUUCAUUGAUUGAAGGAAGACUUGUACAAGGCAUGGAAGAUUCUGAAGUCAUAUUAGUUGUGCUUUGUGCUUGAAAUUUGUGACAAUUAGAUGUUGAUUUUUGCAGAUCGAAUGUAAAUUGGAGAUUGUAAUGAUAAAUAGUUAUAGCAAACAAGAUAUUUUGACAAA